CACCGGUCGGUGUUUCCUGUCGGUAGGUGAUAGCUGACAGUACAGCAGUGAAAUAAAAACAACGUCUCUUUCUUGAGUCUCAUUUCAAAUAUUUUAUUUUUAAAGCGAAACUGCUUGAAAACGUCAAACAGUCGUGUCGUUUCUCUCACAGCGACCGUCGGACUUUGUGGUGAGCGUCGUAAACAUGUCCGCCACAUGACGUUACUGAACUUUUCCAUGCACGUCACGCAGCCUGCAGCUCUGCUCUGAUUUCAUUACCGUCCUUUUUCACCGUGUGAAAGACUAUGAGUAAAGAGUCCAGAAUGAGGGCUACCAUCAACCAGAAGCUGACAGAGAUGGGAGAACGAGAGAGACUGAAGGAGUUACUGAGAGCUAAGCUCACUGAGUGUGGAUGGAAGGACCAGAUGAAAGCUCACUGCAAAGAAGUAAUCAAAGAAAAAGGCUUUGAGCACGUCACUGUGGAGGACCUGGUGGUGGAGAUCACUCCCAAAGGAAGAGCCUUGGUGCCAGACAGCGUGAAGAAAGAGCUUCUCCACAGAAUAAGAGCCUUUUUAGCUCAGCAUGCCACCUAAUUUUAACAUUUCCUUAGACCACUUGCCUAUACUAUCAUGUUGAAUACUUUUAAUUAGUUGAUUUACUUGAAUUUUAACGCACUAACAUACUUAGAUAUUUUGUUGCAUGUUUUUCCUAAUUCUGUUUCUACAGACUAACAUUGCACAUUUUUAGUUGUCCUCUGUUUAUGAGAUAAGCUACUUAAAUAAAGUGCUUGAUUCGUUGGA